CUGAGGGCGGUUCCGGGUGGGUUCCGUGGAGACUGUAGCGGGGCGGGGCUUUCCGUCCACCCCGACGCUUUGCGACUUUCUCCGUGGGUGGUGUGGGCACGAGACGGGGCGGCCACGCGCAGGACACGGGCCUUAGCGAGGGCUUGGCCGCCAGGGCCGUCCAUCCGCCUUAGCACGAGUUUGUGGUUUGCGUUCUCGGUGGAAGUUUCCUCUCGGGUUGUGACUGGGUUCAUUAUUUUGAGAGCAUCUCACUGUAGCCAGGCUGGCCUCGAACUCGGUGAUCCUCUAGAGCUAGCGUUAAUGCCUGCCGUCCUCACACCCAACAGUCUUUCUCUUAAAAACAAAUUAGAGGAUAAGUUGUAUUCAGAAGCGGGAGGGCAGGUUUGGCUAAGACAGACAGCCUUGUAUGAAAAUGAAAGCACAAGACUUCAUAGCAGGUUGGGGAGUGGGGUGGCAGCAGCGCACUCUUUAAAUCCCAGCACCCCGGAGGCAGAGGCAGGAGAACCUAUGUGAGUUCGAGGCCAGCCUGGUCUACACAGCGAGUCCAGGACAAAGCUACACAAACAAACCCUGGCUCUAUAAACAAAUAAUUUUUUAGAGGAUAUGUACCAGGCACGUUUAACCUUUGGCAUUGCAGAAUGACUGCUGUCCACAGAAUUCGUGCUCAGAAAGGAACAGCUGAGUUGAAAAAGAAAAAAAAAAAAAAAAAAAAAAAAAAAAAAAUCCUGGGCGCAUGUGUCUGUGAGCCACAGGUUGAGAAAGCCUGAGAGGCCGUUUUCUUCCAUUCGCCUGCUACUAUAGGUACCCUCCUCCCUGCAGUUACUGACGACCCUGGGGUGAAACUUUGGUAGACUCUCUUUCUGCAGGCUUAUGCUGUCUUGACCUAAGUGUCUUGCAGAAGUUAGGAUAGUGCUGUAUGGAAACAUACAGCAUAGUCAGCUUUUUGAUGUUGUUUCGGUAAUAGAAGAUUUUUAUACAAAGAGUCCCAGCCAGGUGAGAGGGUGGCACACACCUGCCUGUAAUCCCAGGAGGCAGAGGCAGGCGGAGAGCUAUGAGUUUGAGACCAGCCCCAGCCUGGUCUAUAGAGCAAGUCCAGGACAUCCAAGACAUUUUCUUUCUGUCUCAAGAAAAAAAAAAAAAACACAAAAAAAGAAUCCCUGCUACUAAUGAUCCUGCAGACUUCCUUUGCUCUUGGCGUCCCGUCUUCCUGCAAUCCCGUUCCCAUGCCUUCCUAUAAGGUAAACUUGCUGCUUUGCUUCUUUCAGCUGGUCCCCCAGUGCUGAGCCAGGCUGUCACAGAGCAUUCCCCACAUUGCCAUUUGCCUCUGAAGUUUCUCAACCUCAGCGUUAAGGGCUUUUCCAGCUGGAUAUAUCUUUAAGUGGAGCGCUGUCCCGUGAGCUAUAGAAAAGCCAGCAAAGGCCAGCUACAGCUGUCUACAGCUGGCCUUUACCCACUGGUUGCCAGCAGUGGCCUUGAUUGUGAAAGCCAAAAAUCUUUGCAGAUGAUGGCAAGUGUUUCUCCAGAAGAGUGACUCCUGGUUCUCCCAGGAGAACCACUGAGCCAGAGCCAGGAAAUACCAACGGCCCUUUCAGGCCUGCUUGACAGAAUUUCACAAACCCACUGUGUAGAAACAGUAUAAAACAGACACAUGGGGUAGCACAUACCUGUGAUCUCAGGAAGCUGUGGCAGUCGGUCAUGAGUUUGGGUCUAGCCUAGGCUACAUAGGACAGUCUAGGCUAUAUAAUGAAACCCCGUCUUCCAUAUUCCUUCCCCCACAAAAAAAAAAAGGUUAAUAAUGACAGAAACUUCUGCCUUCCACUGCUACUUUAGUAAAUAGAACUUUACCCAGCAUGGUCCUGGAACACAGAGAGGAAACAAGUCCAUCCACAUAUUCUUGCUCUGCACGGCGCUGACAGUUUGUGAAAUGAGUGAUUCGGAAGAUGAUGAGAUACCACAGCUUUCUUCCCACACCUUAGCAGCUCUCCAGGAAUUUUAUGCUGAGCAGAAGCAAGCCGCCAGCCCAGGAGGGGAUGACAAAUAUAGCGUCGGGGCAAUAGAGGAGAACUGGCAGCUGAGCCAGUUCUGGUACAGUGAGGACACGGCCCUGCGACUUGCACAGGAAGCGAUUGCUGCUGCAGGAGAAGGCGGCAGAAUCGCGUGUGUGAGCUCGCCCAGUGUGUACCAGAAGCUCCGGGAGCUGUGCAGGCAGCACAUCUCUGCACACAUCUUUGAAUACGACAGACGGUUCGCCAUAUAUGGGGAGGAGUUCAUCUUCUAUGAUUACAAUCGUCCACUGGACUUGCCUGGAAGAAUCGCUGCGCAUAGUUUUGAUAUUGUAGUUGCAGAUCCUCCUUACCUGUCUGAGGAAUGUCUCAGGAAGACAUCCGAAACGAUCCGGUUCCUGACUCGGGGCAAGAUUCUGCUGUGCACGGGAGCCAUCAUGGAAGAGCAGGCAGCCCGGCUCCUAGGUGUGAAGAUGUGCAAGUUUAUUCCAGAACACUCUCGAAACCUGGCCAAUGAGUUCCGCUGUUACGUGAACUAUGAUUCUGGGCUGGACUGUGAAACCUGAAUUCACAUGGCAUCAUGUUAUAAUAAAAGGACUCCAGGUGACA